AUGACCAACGAACAGACGACCACCCCUGACAUCUGGACUGAGAUGAAGGCGCUGAGAGACAUGGUGCACAACCUGGGAACCAUCGUGGUGGAGCAGAGAGAGAAGCUGAGGACGAUCGAGGGCAGAGGGACAGCCUGUGAGGCCCUGGAGGCCAGACUGAGAGCUAGCGAGAGAGAGCUGACCAUCACGAAGAAUGAUGUUGAGGAACUGAAGAGACAGAACACAGUCACGGAGCAUUCCACUGAACCGUCACCACCAAAAGUGGCUUUCUCUGCUGCUGGUUUGAACGGUAAACGACCCAUAGGUCCCUUCAAUACUGACAACAACCUGGUCUACACCAGAGUCAUCACUAACAUCGGCAAGGCCUACGACCCGAUUACAGGUGCCUUCACAGCACCAGUGAGAGGAGUCUACUACAUCCGAUUCACCGCUGCUCAACAUGGGCGUGGUUCAGAUUACAUGGGUAUAUCCAUGUUAAAGAAUGGGCAGGCGAUCAUGUCUAACUAUCAUUACAAUAGCCACGGAUACUGGGUCCAUUUAUCUAAUGGAGUCAUUCUGGAGCUGGAGGAGGGAGACGUGGUGUACAUGCGUCUCCCUGCGAGCUUCCGGCUCUAUGAUAACACAUAUAAUCAAAACAUCUUCAGUGGCUUCCUGCUUUUCACUGUGUGAGAACAUCAGAAAUACUGUAAUGGUCUCAUGUGAAGAAGAGUUUGUAUGUCAGGGCCUCGUGGAGCCACAAAGGCUCCUCUUACGAUCAAUAAACACAUCUUGAAAAGGG